UUUUCCACGCCCUCGAGCGUAUUGACCGGAGCCGGGUUCCUAUCCCCUUGCCUGGCAACAGGGCUCCAUAGAUCCACCCAUCCUCGGACGGGCAUCCCAGUCCCGGAGACGACCUGUGGAUGAGCGACCGGCGCCCUGCACUUUCCCCACGUCCCUACCGGGAGCCAGCACUAUCCAACUCACCUGCAACUCCAGCCGCCGUGCUCCGCCCACGGCUCCUAGGAGGACGCGCAGACCGUUACCACAGAAACGACGUUGCCUCCGUCACGGCGCCGUCGGGAGGUCAAACGUCCCCCAGCCACUUCCGCUUCCGGUUCCGGGAUCCCGAUUGUUUUCGGAAAUCCCUGAAGUGUAGGCGAGCGUUCCCGGUUGGUUUGUGGGGUCCCGGGCUUGCCCGAGGUCUGACGCUGCAGCCAUGGCGGCCUCCACCGCGGCCGGGAAGCAGAGGAUCCCGAAAGUGGCCAAGGUGAAAAACAAAGCCCCAGCUGAGGUACAGAUAACUGCAGAACAACUGCUAAGAGAAGCUAAGGAAAGAGAACUUGAGCUUCUUCCACCUCCCCCUCAACAGAAGAUCACAGAUGAAGAGGAGUUAAAUGAUUACAAACUAAGGAAGAGGAAGACUUUUGAAGAUAACAUAAGGAAAAACAGGACUGUAAUUAGUAACUGGAUAAAAUAUGCACAAUGGGAAGAAAGUCUAAAGGAGAUUCAAAGGGCUCGGUCCAUAUACGAACGUGCUUUAGACGUGGACUAUCGGAAUAUCACACUCUGGCUGAAAUAUGCAGAGAUGGAAAUGAAGAAUCGCCAGGUCAACCAUGCCCGGAAUAUCUGGGACCGGGCCAUAACAACUCUGCCUCGAGUCAACCAGUUCUGGUACAAGUACACAUACAUGGAGGAGAUGCUGGGGAACAUUGCCGGGGCCCGGCAGGUGUUCGAGCGCUGGAUGGAGUGGCAGCCUGAGGAGCAGGCCUGGCACUCCUACAUCAACUUCGAGCUGAGAUACAAAGAGGUGGACCGGGCCCGCACCAUUUAUGAGCGAUUUGUUCUCGUGCACCCCGAUGUGAAGAACUGGAUCAAGUACGCCCGUUUUGAAGAAAAACAUGGUUAUUUUGCCCACGCACGGAAAGUGUAUGAGAGAGCUGUCGAAUUCUUUGGGGAUGAACACAUGGAUGAACACCUUUAUGUUGCCUUUGCCAAGUUUGAAGAAAAUCAGAAAGAAUUUGAGAGGGUACGAGUCAUCUACAAGUACGCCCUGGAUCGAAUUUCAAAGCAAGAGGCCCAGGAACUCUUUAAAAAUUACACCAUCUUUGAGAAGAAGUUUGGUGACAGGCGGGGCAUUGAAGACAUCAUCGUGAGCAAACGGAGAUUCCAGUAUGAGGAGGAAGUGAAGGCUAACCCGCACAACUACGACGCUUGGUUUGAUUACUUGCGCUUGGUGGAGAGUGACGCCGAAGCAGAGACUGUGCGAGAAGUGUAUGAGCGUGCCAUCGCCAACGUCCCGCCCAUCCAGGAGAAGAGGCACUGGAAGCGCUACAUCUAUCUUUGGGUCAACUACGCCCUGUAUGAGGAGCUGGAGGCAAAGGAUCCCGAGAGGACAAGACAGGUUUACCAAGCCUCUUUGGAACUCAUUCCUCAUAAAAAGUUCACAUUUGCCAAAAUGUGGUUGCUAUAUGCACAAUUUGAAAUAAGGCAGAAAAAUUUACCAUUUGCCAGAAGAGCUUUGGGAACUUCCAUAGGCAAGUGUCCGAAGAACAAGUUGUUUAAAGGUUACAUAGAAUUGGAGCUACAGCUUCGAGAAUUUGACAGAUGCCGGAAGCUUUAUGAAAAGUUCCUGGAAUUUGGACCUGAAAAUUGUACCUCUUGGAUUAAAUUUGCAGAAUUAGAGACGAUCCUUGGAGAUAUUGAGAGAGCCCGGGCCAUCUAUGAGUUAGCCAUCAGUCAGCCACGCUUGGACAUGCCAGAGGUGCUUUGGAAAUCAUAUAUUGAUUUUGAAAUUGAGCAGGAGGAAACCGAACGAACACGAAAUCUUUACCGACGGUUGCUUCAACGGACACAGCAUGUCAAGGUAUGGAUCAGUUUUGCGCAGUUUGAAUUGUCUUCAGGGAAAGAAGGAAGCUUGGCUAAAUGCAGACAGAUCUAUGAAGAGGCUAACAAAACCAUGCGAAACUGUGAGGAAAAGGAAGAGAGACUUAUGCUGCUGGAAUCUUGGCGAAGCUUUGAAGAUGAAUUUGGAACAGUAUCGGAUAAGGAGAGAGUCGACAAACUCAUGCCAGAGAAGGUCAAGAAGAGAAGAAAGGUCCAGGCUGAUGACGGGUCUGAUGCAGGCUGGGAAGAGUACUAUGAUUACAUCUUCCCAGAAGAUGCUGCCAACCAACCCAACCUCAAACUCCUGGCCAUGGCCAAACUCUGGAAGAAACAGCAACAGGAAAAGGAGGCUGGUGAGCAAGACCCAGAUAAAGACAUCGCUGAGAGUGAAUCCGGACCCUCUUGUUCGUGUUAAUAGAUGUUUUAUUAUUUUUAUAAAUUUAUAGUUUGGAACUCUUGCGACUCCUGUAAGUUUUUGGAUAUUUCAACCGUAGUGAUUUGAUGGGAAUCUCUGAUGACUACUUUUGAAAUUAUUUUUUAAGUGCUCUUGGGUUAGGGGUGGGGGUUGCAAGUAAAGGAUUUUUUAUCCCAGCCCCACCCACUGUCCAGGCUGGGGAGCCAGUUCAAGCCAUAAAAAGUGCUAAGUGUAAAAGAAACUGAAAGAAAGAAGCUGUAGCAACGCCAGGUCCUUAGCUCACUACUCGGGACUGGCACCUCCACAGGGACAAGCUAUAUCACUAAUCCAUUGCACCACAGCGGGAACUCCUCUAGUAAAGGAUUUUAUUUGGUGGAUUUCUUUAUAUGAAUCUGGACAUUCUGGGUCCAUAUCAUGCAUUAGGAAGUCUAAAAGUAACAGCAUCGGAGUUCCCGUCGUGGCGCAGUGGUUAACGAAUCCGACCAGGAACCAUGAGGUUGUGGGUUCGGUCCCUGCCCUUGUUCAGUGGGUUAACGAUCCAGCGUUGCCGUGAGCUGUGGUGUAGGUUGCAGACGCGGCUCGGAUCCCGAGUUGCUGUGGCUCUGGCGUAGGCUGGCACAGCUCCGAUUCGACCCCUAGCCUGGGAACCUCCAUAUGCCGUGGGAGCGGCCCAAAGAAAUAGCAAAAAAGACAAAAAAAAAAAAAAAAAAAAAAGUAACAGCGUCUGUUUUAGAUGGAACUACACUUUUGAAAGAAUCUUUUUCUAGAAGUUUUCAAGUUGUAUUCCACAAGUAUUUUUUUCAUACUUUUUUCCUCAUAAAGAUAUUUAUGCAUUCAUCUGGAACCUAUAACUUCUUCACAUCUUUAGUCCCACUGACUUGAGUUCCAUUCCCAGCUCUGCUACUUAGUGAUACAUAACCUUUAUCUUCAGAUCCUUUGUUCAUUAAAUGGGCUUUUGCAGCUCGUUUUGAAGACUAGAAGAGGAAUAUACCUGACACAGGGUAGAUGCUCAAUAGAACGUUCAUUCCCAGCCACUUUCAUUUUCAGAAAUCAUCCAGAAGUUCCCAGGCCAGAGAUUGAACCUACACCACAGCAAUGACAAUGUCAGGCCCCCUAACUGCUAGGCCACCAUGGGACUCCAGCAGCCACUUUCUUAAUGUUCACUCCUUGUGUAAUCUAAUGUGCUUGAAUUAAUUUAACUUCUAAAUGUCUGUACCUUCCUUUUUUUUUUAAUUUCUAUUUCAUUUUAUUUUUUCUUUUUAGGGCUGCACCUGCAGCAUAUGGAAGUUUCCAGGCUAGGUGUCAAAUUGGAGCUACAGCUUCUGGCUUAUACCACAGCAAUGCCAGAUCCAAGCUGAAUCUGUGCCCUACACCACAGCUCAUGGCAGUGCCAGGUUCUUAACCCACUGAGCAAGGCCAGGGACUGAACCCACAUCCUCAUGGAUACUAGUUGGAUUUGUCUCCUCUGCACCACUGCAGGAACUCCCUGUCUGUACCUUCUUAGUGGCCGUUUAUGCUAAGUGCUUCUGAAAAUGCUAGUUAGAAAAUUUAGUUGCUGUAUUUCUGAACAAGGUCUUUUCACCAGGAACAUUUUAGUUGAAUUUGUUUUACUGUAAUCAGUUUGCCAAACCGGUUGAGUUCUGUAGUAGCUUAAGUACAGUAUUACGAGGGCUGUGAAAGUGUCCUGUGCUCCACUGAGUUUGAGAACCCCUGGGUUAAGGGUUAAGCCAUGCUGACAGAUCUUUUUAGUUAGGCUUCUCAGAGCCUUUAAUGUGUUCCUGUACAUUGUGAAUCCCCAGUCGCAAUGCUGGCCACGUUUCCCCUUAGUGGACCACGGACCCAUAUCCACCUAAAGUACUAAUAAAGAUUGCCUGGGGUACUACAGUAGAGACUGUCUGUCUUAACGUUGACCUAGAAUGUGAAAAACACCUGAGUACCAGGAAUACACAGGGUAACAAAACAGAGCAGCACAACGUGAUAACAUUAUUUCCUGGCUGAUACUUGUAUUCUCAAGUAUUGGCCUUAAUUAACCAAUCUGAGAGAUUGUUUCCUUUCAUCUGGCCUGUAUUUCUCAAGCCUAUUUUGUUUUGCCAAACUAUUUGACUAGAACCGUAUCGGAUCUUUGUGUUUUCUCCUCAGUAAGGACAAUUAGAAAAUUUUCAAUUUGCAAAUUUCAUUGGGCGAAUUUUAUUACUAAAUUUGCAAGUGUAGUAUUCACCCGAGGGAAUAAAAGCUAGCUGGUAUGGUGCUAAAUUGUAUCUUGAAAAUAAGAGUGAGGGCAGAAGGACGUAAGACCAGCAGGUGAAAAGCAGGCCUAUUCAGCCUCACUGCUUCCCACUGGACCAGCGUCAGCUGCCCAUGUCCUGGUUCUGAUUGUGGAGUCCCAAGGUCUGUCCAGUCAGUGAAGAGGAUCACAGAGAUCUGAGUCGACUUCACGCACAGGGUUAUGAGGUGAGAAGACAGAAAAAAUGCUACUUUAAGUGACUAAUCAUAAUCAUUUUGUUUAUGCUGCAUGUGCGUAAAAAAAAAAAUAUAUAUAUAUAUAGUAGGUUCUCAAUGUCAAUUGCUAAUAACCCUUUUGGGCAUGUAACGUGCCAGCAUGAAAAGGCAUGAAAGAACAGUUAAAGAACUCACUUCUCUCUCACCCUCAACUCCACCAAAGUCCUUUCAAAGGUAAAAGAUUUCUUAAUAAUCGUUUCUGUGAUUUCGUUUUCUUAGCCAUUUCUUUUACUCACUGGAUAUUUUCAGACAUUACAGGUGAUGAAAACUACACACGAAAGUAUGUGGUUAGCCUGUGAUCUAGUUGUGUGGCCUUUCUUUAGGAAUUAGGUUUUUUCCCCCCUUUAUUUUAGCAUCUCUUUAGAUUCUGAAAGGCAGGGUUUAGACCACGUGUUGUGAAUGGAGACAAAAGAUCGGAGACAGGCAGUGUGAGAGCACAUACCUGGAAGAACAUCCUGUGCAAGAAGGAAGCGUAGGUGUACUAGGAAGGGACUGCUCAGUAAGCAUGAAAAGUGCUCUGUGUAGAAAUGUAAGAGAAACAACGUAACAUUUAUAGUCAACAAUGCAUUUUAUUUUACAGCUUAGAUUUAUAUAUUUCAUAAAUGCUUUUAAAGCUUCAAUGAACAGUUCAAUACAAAAUAUAUCUAUGUAGCAGUGGUUCUCAGGCACAGAAUUAGGAGACUGGAGUGAGCUUUUUCUCUAGCAUAUUGUGAAUAUUAUGACAGUGGAAUGUUCCCUUCUGCCCUAGCUGCCUUUUUGGUUGAACUUUAUUAUAGUGAACAGCUUUAGGAGGUAUGAUAUUGCUAACUGGAAACGAGAUUUAAAGCGUUCUAUAAACUUGUAUUUUCUUAAAAUCUUUAAGAUCUAAACAAUUCCCUUUUCUCCUAAUAGAGCUCCAGGAUCAUCUAAUGAAAAUAAUAUUGUCCAUAAACUAUCUGGAGCAUCAUCAGCCUAAGAACCACUGCUUAUGGUUAUUCAAUGUCUUCAGGCCUCACAGGAUGAGGUAGUGGUAUGAUGGAUUUCUUCUCAGUGUCCCUGGAAAGUGCUUUUCUCAUAUCUGUUAGGAAGAAGCAAAGUCUAAUGUAAGUAUUAUAAGUAUUUUACAUCAAAUUUAAAGCAUAUAGGUUAAAAAAAAGUUUGUCCUCCACCCCACUUUGUGAGUGAGGCCCCCUAUAUCACAGGUACCCCAACCAACCCAGAUGGGACUCAGCUCUUCCUAAAAACGCCUUUUGACAGAAUCUGAGUAAAAUAGCGUGUUGAUUUUUACAGUAAAACAGUAAUUGAUAGUAAUCAACCACUGGUUAGUUAAUAUAAGGUAAUCAGUGGGAAGCUCAUAAAGGUAGGUUAAGGGAGAUUUAACUAUAGCUUAAAUUUUAAAUAUUUUAAGUCCAGAAAAUCAGUUUUUGUUUUGUUUUUUAAUAACACCAGAGUAUUUCGGUCAGUAGGAUGGAGGUAAGUGCUGGCUUCCUCUCCGGACACUGCCCCAGAAGGGAGCUCACCAUAAGCAUCCUCGUCGGGCUCCCCGUUGCUGGCCGAGUAGUACUCUAUCACGGUCCUGUACACGCUGUAGCCCAGCUGCUUGUACAUGUUGACUGCAACUUGGUUAGACACUCUCACAAAGAGGUCGACAAAAAAUCCACCCUUUCUGUAAUUCGAAAAAUGAGAAUUGGAGAAGUCCUAGAAAGUAAUACUUAGACAUCUUUAAAAAUAACACCCGCCCUGACAACUACUCAUAGAAUGAUACUGUGGGUCCCUGCAGCUGAUGACAUCUUAUUAUCAAUAAUUUUUAAUAAUUUAUGGCAAUUGUGCAAGACAAACAGAUGACUUUGUUUGCAUGUUAACAUUUCAGAACCUACAUGUUUACUUAAAAUAUAAAUUUAAAGAAAGCAAUUUUUUAACCAUAAUUCUGCUACUUGGCUUUAAAAUUUUACCGGGUAUUUGAUAUCACAGUAAUUGAAAAGUUCAUUUUACCAGUUGGUCAUAGAAUACUUCCAUCCAUCUGCACAAAGUAAAGAUUAUGAAGAAGGCACCAGCAUGGCCAUGGCCCAAGUGUAACUACAGGACAUUGGUCACAGUUCUAAAGCCCUCAGCUCAGCAACAGCCCCUGCCUUACCCAGGUCUCCCCGUCCUGACUCCUGUGAUCCUCAGCACCUGCUUUCUUCUGUAGCCUUACCAUCCAUUCUAAUUCAGUUUUUCCUGUUUGUGAACAUGACAGAAAUAGAGUCCUACUUUACUCCUCGGUGACUGUCGGUGUCAAGUCAGCCUCAGGCUGCCGAGCUCGUUCAGACUCCAUCCACUGUGUGGAUGCUCUAAAGGUGUCUGUGGCCUACAGAUAAACAUAUCUGGUUUUCACUAUGAUCAACUAUGCUGUCUAUGCUGUUUUUGAAAAUUUUAUCAUGGCAUUUCAGAUUGUUAACCAGGCUGAGUGUAUUUCUGUCCGCCAUUUAGCUUUCUCCUUCUGUAUGGUCUUUAUGGGUCUUUCAUGAAUUUUUUCUUUUUCUCCUCCCACCUGUAGUUCUCUAUUCUGGAUAGUCAACAAUGGGGAAAGGACAGUGGAUAUCUUUUCUCCAGUGUGCAAAUCUUUUUCCAGUUUGUAGCCUGGCCUGUCAUUAUCCUCUGUAUCUUUUGAUGAACACGUUAACACGUUAACUUCAAAGCAGUUCUUCUCUACCCGGAGGCUAUGGAGACACUCGCCUUUGAAGGUGCUUCACAAGGCUUUUUUUUAGUUUUGCUCUUCACAGCCAGGUUUUUGUCAGAUCCGCGUAUGGUAAGGUACUAACGUAAGAAAAAUCUUGUGCUGCCACGUUUACUGGAAAGUGUAUCCUCCAUCGUGAUCUGCUGAUGCCUCCUCUGAGGUAUGUCAGAAUCCAUGUAUUUCCUGGUUUGUUGCUCAAACUCUGUUCCACUGGCCUAGGUGACGACUCUAGGCCCGACACACAGUCACUCAGUACAGCUGAUGCUGAGGGGUGGACUCCGCCCACUUUGUUGAUGUUCAGGCAUAUCUUCUCUUCUUGGCUCCUCCUAUUCCCCUGUAGUUCUUGGAAUCAAUGAGAUUUUCACUGACUGGAUCAGUAGGCAGCCCUCUGCUCCACUUAGCAAGCUCAUCUCUAUUGCCUCUGGAUAAGGCUUCAUAAACUUCAUAGAGCUCUUGCACCACUUUCCUUAGGUUUUUCACAAGGGCUUCAUGUACUGUUUAUAUAGAAAUGCAGUCGAAUUUAUACUAACUUUAUAUCUAACAACUUUUAUCAAUUCUAAACACUUAUGUGUAGAUUCUUGUAGGCUUUCUAUUUGCACAAUCUGAUUUGUCCAAGAUGACAGUUUUGUUUCUUCUCAACCCUUUUUUUUUUUUUCCUUGCUUUAAAAUUUGGUCAAAGAUCUCCAGUAAAUUACUGGAGAGGCCGACUGUGGUCAUCCUUGUCCUGUGCUGGACUUCAAAGGGAAAGCACUCAGUGCCUCACCACUUAACUAUAGCUUUGCAGUUAAAAUAGUCUUUUUUUAGCUUCGAGAAGUUUCCCUUCUAUUUCCUAAAUUGCUAACAGUUUUCAUUAAGAAUGAAUACUGGAUUUUAUCUAAGCAUUUUCUACAUUUACUUUAUUAACCUGGUAGAAUACAUUCUCACAUAGAAUACUUCCCCUGGUAUGUCAAACUUUUCAUGAAUCGCUGAAUCCACUUUGCUAAGAUUUUCCUCAAAUUUUCCUUCCUCCUAUUGUCAGGUUUUGUUUUCCAGGUUGUCCUAGCCUUAAAAAGUAAGUUGAGGAUGUCCCUUUUUUUGUGUAAAAGUGAACUUAUAGUCAUUAUUUCCUAAAAUAGUUGGUAAAAUUCUCCAGAGAAGCCAUAGCUUUAUGGCAAUGUUUUUGGCUACUGACUGAGAUUAGUUAAGGCAGGGGUGAGCCUGCAGCCUAUUUUUGUACUCCUUCUAGCUAAGAGUAAGUUUUCACAAUUUCAAAGGACUGUUUAAGCAAUAAAGACCUUAGGUGGGCUGUGAAGUCUUAACAUUUGCUUUCCUGCCCAGAUAGUUUUUUGACCCCUGUUCCAUACCCUGAAUCAAUUUGAUGAUGAUGAUUUCAACUGCUGCAUUUUUACCUUGAAUUAAUGUCAUUGGGUAUAUAAAAGUCAUAAUUAUUACAUCUUCCUGACGGAUUAAAUCCUUUAUCAAUAUGCCAUGACUCUUUUUUUAUCUUGGUAAUUCUGGAACUAUAAUAUGCCUGUUAAGUAUAUACAUUUUUGGUUAGAAUUUGCAUAAUUUUCAAAAUUACUUUCAAUCUUUCUGUACCUUUUAACACAUAUUCCUGUAAAUAGAAUAGUUUCUGAGUGUCUUUGUCCUUUAUAAGAACACUUAACCUGGGAUCUUAGUAAAUUUUAAAUAUACAUUAUUGUUGACUUGUAGCUACAAUGCUGUUCAUCAAAAUCUAGAGAUUUAUUCUUGCGUAUCUGAAACUUUUCAGUAACUUUCCAUUUCCUACUCCCCUCAGCCACCACCAUUCCAUCUUUAUGAAUUUAAGUAUCUCAUAUUAUAGUAUUUGUCUUUUUUGUGACUGGCUUCUUUCACGCUUUUUGUUUUGCCACUUUUUAAAGUUCCUAUUUAAUCUCUUCUUUUGAUUUUUAUUAUUCCACUUUUUUCUUUGGAAAUUAUAUGCUGCUUCUAUUAAAGAUAUAUUUAUGUA